AUGUCGACAACUUUGUUGCGCGCCAACUUCGUAUUCCAGCAUCUACUGAGCACGGAACACGGACGCCUCAUUGAGGCACUGCCGUUCACCCUUCGUCAUACCGCUCCGAUCGAGGACCAUUCCGAGCAAACCGCUAUCGGUUCAACUUUCCGAUGGGUAAUAUGGGAGGGAAACACGCCCACCUUGAAGAAUAGCGAAAAAUCAUCAUUUUCCGAGUCGUGUUUUACUUCUCCACUGCCUACCUCUGCUGAGAAAAAAUGCCUAUUCCUAGAGGACGUCAAGAAAGAAUGUGGGCCCCUCAAUCUUCAUGGGCACUCGGUGAAAUAUGCUACCACACGUACGUUCAGAACAGGCGACAGAUGGUCAUACGCUACCAAUGUCUCGUUCCGCACGUCAGCACUCCUAACAGCCCGGUAUGUUCAUGCUCUCAACUGCGGGACCAAUGAGCGGCUCACUGGCCCUGCAGCCGUGGAGCAGCCCGCACCUCUGGCGCUCAAUUUAAUGCGGCCCACGAUUAGCCCGAAUAUAUAUCACGCUGCGUGGUUGGGCCGAUUCGUACAUCCGGCGGCUUUGACCCGACUUCAAUUCAUACACUAA